AUGCUGCAUUACAAUCACUCCAACCCUUCUAAUUUCAUCUUAAUGGGGAUUCCGGGGCUGGAGGCUGCCCACUUCUGGAUUGCCUUCCCCUUCUGCUCCCUGUACAUCAUCGCCCUGCUGGGGAACUUCACCAUCCUGUGCGUGGUUAAGAGGGAGCCCAACUUGCACUUGCCCAUGUACUACUUCCUCUGCAUGUUGGCUAUGCUUGACUUGGUGCUCUGCACUUCCACCGUGCCCAAGAUCCUCGGCAUCUUCUGGUUCCACUCACACACCAUCGGCUUCCACACGUGCAUCAUCCAGAUGUUUUUCAUCCACGGCUUCUCCGCAGUGGAGUCGGGGGUCCUGCUUGCCAUGGCCUUUGACCGCUACGUGGCCAUCUGCACCCCUCUGCAUUACACGACCAUCCUCACCAGCUCUGUCGUCGCCAAGAUGGGCUGGACGGCUCUCAUGAGGGGCAUCGGCUUCAUGACCCCUUUGACCUGCCUGGUGAGCAGCCUCCCCUACUGCAGCUCCAAUGUCAUCGCCCACUCCUACUGCGAGCACAUGGCUGUGGUCAAGCUGGCCUGUGGGGACACCACGCCCAACAACAUCUAUGGGAUCACAGCAGCCACCUUUGUGGUGGGCUCCGACUCCAUCUUCAUUGCCGUUUCCUACGGGCUCAUCCUCAGGGCAGUCAUGGGGCUUUCUUCGAAGGAGGCCCGCCGGAAAUCCUUUGGCACUUGUGGCUCCCAUAUCUGUGUCAUCCUCAUCUUCUACACACCUGGACUCUUCUCCUUUUACACCCAGCGCUGGGGGCACAAUGUCCCUACACACAUCCACAUCCUGAUGGCUGAUCUCUACCUCCUGGUGCCCCCUAUGCUGAACCCCAUAAUCUAUGGCAUGAAAACCCGGCAAAUCCGGGAGCAAGUCCUGAGGCCUUUCUUCCACAAGACACUCCAAGCUGGGUUUUCUUGA